AUGGCAGCGCUGGCGGCCGCCUCCCCCGGUGGGGACGAGUGUCUGGAAGAGGAUGAGGAUGAGCUGGAGCCGGGGCUGGACGAGGCCGAGGCCGAGCCGGAGGUCGGGAGCGGCGCGAAGGCGGCGGGGGGGCCCCGGGGGGCCGUUCUGACCCGCAGAGGGAUCACCCUGAGGGUCCUGCUCCGAGAUGGGCUCCUGGAGCCGGGCAGGGGCGUCCUGUCCAUCUACUACCUGGGCAAGAAGUUCGUGGGGGACCUGGGCUCGGACGGGACGAUCACCUGGCAGGAAACGGGGCAGGUGUUCAACUCGCCGAGCGCUUGGGCCACGCACUGCAAGCGCCUGGUGAAUCCUGCCAAGAAGUCGGGCUGCGGCUGGGCGUCCGUGCGCUACAAGGGCCAGAAGCUGGACCAGUACAAAGCCGCGUGGCUGCGCAAGCACCAGCCCAACGUGCCACCCCCCGAGGAGAGCUUGGCCAGCGAGGGCGAGGAGGAGGAGCUGCCUGAGGAUGAGGAAGAGGAGGCGGCGAGGGAAGGUCGGGUGCCGCUGCCGGAGCCGGCGGCUCCCAAAAAACCGGAGGAGAGGAGCAAGAAACAGCAGAGCAAGAGCCUGACGGAGCCGGCGGGGACGGAUCCCGGCACCGCAGGGAAAAGGCUGGAGGUGAAACCCCGGGUGCCCGUCCGCUACUGCACCCUGGGCACCCGCGACUCGGCCAGGAACCCCCAGACCCUGGUGGAGGUGACGUCCUUUGCCGCCAUCAACAAAUUCCAGCCCUUUAACGUGGCCAUCUCCAGCAACGUCCUCCUGCUCCUGGAUUUCCACAGCCACCUGACGCGGAGCGAAGUGGUGGGGUACCUGGGGGGCCGGUGGGACACCAACACGCAGUUGCUCACGGUGCUCCGAGCCUUCCCGUGCCGGACCCGCCUGGGGGACGCCGAAGCCGCGGGCGCAGUGGAGGAGGAGAUUUGCCAGAGCCUGUUCCUGCGGGGGCUGUCGCUGGUGGGGUGGUACCACAGCCACCCCUUCGGGCCCGCGCUGCCGUCCCUGCACGACAUCGACGCGCAGAUGGAUUAUCAGCUCAAGCUGCAGGGCAGCGGCAACGGCUUCCAGCCCUGCCUGGGGCUCAUCUGCGGGCCCUUCUACCACGGCAACCCCGGCGUGGAGUCCAAAAUCGCUCCCUUCUGGGUGAUGCCACCGCCAGAGCAAAGGCCCAAUGACUACGGGAUCCCCAUGGACGUGGAGGUCACCUACAUCCAGGACGGAUUCCUCACCAACGACGUCGUGCAGGAGAUGACGCUGCUGGUGGAGUUCUACAAGGGGGCCCCUGACCUGGUGAAGUUCCAGGAGCUGUGGAGUCAGGAUCAGACUUACCUGGACAAGCUGAAGGGCUCCCUGGCCUCUCGCACCCCCAAAGACCAGAGCUUCACCCACAUCCUGGAGCAGAUCUUCAGCCUCCUCAAGCUCAGCGGGUGAGGGCCCGGGGUCCCCGACUCGGACCUGGUGCCUCCCGCAGCCCCGGCGGGGCUCGGCAGCCCCGGGGCUCAGCCAGCCCGGCCCGGGGCAGCUCCCGGAGCUCCCGCGGCCCCGGCGGCCCCGGGGGCGGCCCCGCUGCUCCGGGAGUCUCGGGGUCAGUGGUUUGUGGCAGCGGUAGUUUGAUUAAAGAGCAGUUCCAUUAAAGAGCAGUUGGAUUAAAGAGCAGUU